AUGGACGUUUUAAAAAAGUAUGCUCAAGAUGUAAAAACAAAAGUUCUUAACUUGAAUAGAUCACCACUUGAAAAAUUAUUGCAUGAAGUUACUUCCAACGAUAAUUGGGGAGUUAACCCUAAAUUAUUGAGAUAAGUCUCAGAUGAAAGCUACCAUUUUGAAAAUAGAGAAGUGAUACUGAAUUUUAUUUUUCACAGGCUAAGUAAUAAGACGAAGAAUUGGCGCAAAAUUUUAAAAACUUUAGAAUUGAUAGAGUACCUAAUUAAAAAUGGAUUAUAUGACCUAUGUAGUGAUUUUAGGCGAGAAAUAGUUCAUAUCACGACUCAUUGUGAUUUUUAAAUGCUUGAAAAAGGAGUAGAUAGAGGACUCUCUAUUAGGAAUAAAGCUUAAAAAAUAGUUUAGCUUUUAUCAGAUGAUGGAGAUCUUUAAUUUGAAAGAGAUUAAGCUAAGUAACUUUAUUAGAGAUCUAUGAACAUGCAAGGUUUUGGCUCUGAUAAACCGAUAUCUGUAUAAAGCCAAAAUUAUAAUAAAUAACCAAAAUCGAAUUCUGUUUAUGAAAACGGUGAAGAUGAAGACGAUUAAUAAGACGAUGUAUAUAAAUAUAGUAGAAAUAAAGAUAGUGAUGAUGAAGAUGAUAAUGGUAAAAAUAAAAUCAAAGGAAAUGGUAAUAGUUAAAAAGAUAAGAAAAAUAAUAAUUAUUAUGAGGAAGAGGAGGAAGAGUAAUCUGGAUCUUAAAAUUAUUCACGUUCAAAAUAACAAAGUGCUCCUUAAAAAUAAUUAAAUAAUAAAGAAAUUCCAACAAAAGGAUAGUCAGAUGAUUUCUGGUAGUAGUAGUGGGAGUGGGGAUUUACAGCAAACAGUAAUAAGAUAUAGUAGGAUUAAAGUUAAAAAUAAUUAUGGAAUUAAAAUGGAUAUACAUAACAACCUAAUUAAUAGAAAAAUUGGUAACAAUCAAGCCAAAACUAAUAGUAAAGCCAGUAGUAGAUUUAGUAGCAAUAAAGAAGAAAUGAAGAGGAAAAGCAAAGACAAGAAAAAAUGCAGCAAUAACAGCAAGAAUUUUAAAGAAAUUAAUAAAAAAAUUUCUAGCAAUAAGCUCAACAAUAACAAUAACAAUAGCAAUAGCAAUAGGCUUAAUAAUAAAAGAAAAAAGAGACAGAAAUCAAUCUUCUUGACUUAGACAUAGAUACUACUCCAUAAAAUGGAUAGCAAAAUCAGUAGAUAAUCUUUUAGCAAUAUUAGCAGCAAAUUCCUCAAGUUAAUUAAUAAAAUAUAGGAUUUUCUCAAAAUCAAAAUAUAUUAAAUCAAUAUUAGCAAAAUUAAUCACAGCCAUCUCCUAUCUAAAAUCAGAUAGAUUUCAAUCAAAACAAAAUGGAAUAAAAAUAAAAUGACAACAACGAAGAUUAUAAAAAUUUUAGUAAAAAUGAAUAAAUGCUGAUAGAUCUAAAUGAAAUUAAGAAUGAAUAAAAGAAAGAAGAGUAGAAAACUCAAUUUGAUAACUUAUUUUAAUUUGGGAACAACAAUUUUUCUAAUUAAAAUAGUAAUUAAUAAAAUUUGUAGGAUAAUAGCAAGAGAGACUAUAGUGCUUUAAAUGCACUUAGUGCAUACUAACAAUAAGUGAAUUAAUAUUAAACAUAUGGAGGUAGUAUGUAUGGUUCCAACGUCUCAGGUACAUUUUACAACUAACAAUACAUGUAUUAGCAACCUCCAUAAAUGUUUUAAUCUUAGUCAACAUAUUAAUAUUAAUCUUAACAAAAUUUCCCGUAUUAAAUGAAUCAAAAAGGUCAAUUCUAACAAUGA